UCCACGCAUUGACUGAUGAGGAUGAUGAAGCACCCGGUAGCGCGCGCGCGCGCAACAAGGGAGCGCGCUUUUUGGGCACGGGGCCGCGCGAAGCGGUGUGCAGAUGUGUCGCAGAUUUUGUAAAGUCACUGGACGCACAGAAAGACUCAGCACAAGGAAGUCUCCCCUGAUAAAUGGGCCUCAAACUGUGAGGAAAACAAGCGGCUGAAGGGGAGAAACGCGGAGCAGAGGACGGAGCCGAGGGACCGCUGUCAUAAGCAGUUAACGUUAGCUUAGUUUGUGGAGCAGAAAGACGCUACUUUAACGGACGGCGGCGUGCGCAGAGAUGGAGCUGUCCGCGAUUGGAGAGCAAGUGUUUGCUGUAGAAGCAAUCGUCAAGAAAAGAGUUAGAAAGGGGAAUGUGGAGUACCUGUUGAAGUGGAAAGGAUGGCCUCCAAAGUACAGCACAUGGGAACCCGAGGAACACAUUCUGGACCAGCGUUUAGUGCAGGCCUACGAAGAGAAAGAGCAGAGAGACAGAGCUCUGGGUCACAGGAGGAAAGGAUCCAAAGCCAAAAGACUCUUACUGCAGAAUACGCUCUACACCAUGGACCUCCGCAGCGCUCACAAGACUCCAGAGCAGCCUCCGCCUCGCCUGCGUCUCUCCCUGACGCGCUCCCUGGACCCCGAGGACGAGGAUCAACCAUACAGUCCCUGCAAGCACGCGCCACGACCGCAACUGGCACAUCAUAAAAGCAAACAAAGGAGGUCGCAGUUCAGGUUCUUCAACUCAAACCCCCCAAGUCCUACACAAGAGGACUGGAAAAGUGGGGGAGAGGAAGAGGAAGAGGAGGAGGAGGACGAGGAGGAGGAGGAGGAAGAGGAGGAGGAGGAGGAGGAGGAGGACAAUGUAGAAGAUGAGGAGGAUAUGGAAGAGGAGAGGGAGGAGGCUGAGGAGGAGACAGCAGAGAAGAGCAGAGGCAUUCUUGAUGGACAGAAGAGGACAGACGAGUGGAGCUCCGCUGUCGGACCGGACGAGGUCACCGCAGCAGAGAAGCCGGACAUGGACUGGAGACCCGUCAUCGGUCCGGGAGAGGUGACGGUCACAGACGUCACCAUCAACUCCCUCACAGUGACUUUCCGAGAGUCGCGAGUGGCCAAAGGCUUCUUCAGAGACUGGGGGCUGGAGGUCUGAAUGAGGGUGAAGUGGACGUGGGUUGGAGGCAGGGAGGGUUGGAGGCGCCGGCUUUUCAGUGUGUGAGUUGUGGUUGAGGGUCAGCGUUGGUGUUUCAUUCCCUCUCUGCAACCUCUCACUCUGCUCUUCCACCUGCCAAAUACUUCCAGUCUGGUCAGUGGUUCGUUUACAUGCACAGAGUCACCUGGAUAUAAACUCAACUUAUUUAGGUUGAGCUGCUUGCGUGUAUCUUUGAUUGGUUUGGACUUGAAUUGAUUGUGGUUUCUAUGAGAACCACAGAAAUGAAAAAAAACAUACACAACUCUAAUAAACCCAAACAUUUUCUCCACAGAGAGAAAGUUGGCCGAUUAGAACAGAGAUCCAACAGAAACAUCUGGUGAAGAAGUAAAACUGUGUAUCAUCAUACUAAAUAUUAGAAUUUAACUUAUAUUUUGGCUUUUUGGCUCUAGAACAAAAGAUGUGACCCCAGUCACAUGGCUGAUUGUGACUGAGGUGCAAUCCCUGGCGCUGGAAGACCAAAUGUGUGCAGGCUCUAGCCAGUUUUAGGUAGAUUUGGAGCUGCACACUUUGGCUGAGAAUCAGUUCAGUUAGCAGGACUUAGGCCAGCUGUGGGCCAGUGGCAGCCCAAUGAAUCUUCCUUUGUCAAACAGUUGAAAAUAUGUAUACAGUAAGUAGAAGAAAUGACUUGUAAUUCCCUUAAAAAGGGUACGAGUCAUCAUCAUCAUAUCACACUUAUCUAAGUAAUCUCUGAAUUUUUGGUACUGGUUAAAAUGUGAAGACAUGGUAAAUGUUUUUUUGGCAUGGGUCUUUUCCACAUUAAAGGUGCCCUGGGGAGUUUCUUCUAAACAAACACAGUUAUGUUAACAUUCAAUGUCUCUCACCAAAAAGCUUUUUAAGAACCCUACAAACGGGUUGAAUACACUUCAUUCCUGCCAUUUUUUUUUUGACUAAAUUGAACCCAACACUGUUCACAUCCCAGUCUUCUUUUUCCUCACCAUUUGCUUACACAUUGCUACUUGGCAUGGCACAUUUCUGCCACCUGUUGAUCAGUGGGAUAGUGCGAAACUGGUGGCAGUACUGUGUAGCACAUCAAGCACAUGCUUGUGUGCGUGAGUCCUCGUGCAUCUCCACAGGAUACAAAAAAAACAGGGACACACUCAUAAAAACAUUGCUCCACAGCGCUACUAGUGGUCAAAAACUCCAUGGGGUACCUUUAAAGCAGUUAACAGAAUGAGCCUCAUGUAUUAACAUUUACUUUUCUUACAAGUUUGCCACGCCAGAUUCAACAGACACUCACAUUUGUAAAUUUCAUGCAAAACCUUAUUAAAUAGCCGUGGUGAAAGAAGUACUUAUAUUCUUUAUUGAAGCAAAAGUAGCAAUACCAAAAUUUAAAAAUACUCCAUUACAAGUAGUCCUACACUUAAAAUGUAACAGUAAUAUUAUCAGCAAAAUGCUCUUAAGUAUUAAAUGUAAAAGUACUCAUUACGCAGAACACCCCCCCUUUCAGAGGUUUAUGGUACUAGAUAUAUUAUUGGACUAUUAUUAUUGAUACAUUGAAAUGUAAGCAGUAUUUUAAUGUUGCAGCUGGUUGAACCAUUUUAAUCUACUUUAUACAGUGUUGAGCAUUUUUAUCUAUUACACUACAUCAUAUUUCAUAAGAUGAUGUGUUUUGUAUCAAACAUUUUAAUCUGUAAAGUAACUAAAAACUACAAUUUCCCCUCAGAAUAAUGGGAAUACUCAAGUAAAGCGCAUGUAUGUCAAAAAGUUUAGUUUUUUAGUAGUAGUAGUUACUUUCCACCACUGUUCAAUAGUAACUACAGUCGUCAGAUUAAUGCUCAUGUGUUACACUAUACAGCAGCACAAAAUUGAAAUGGAAAUUCUCAUGAGUAUAUAACGCCUACAGAGUAAAGACAUUUAUAUUCAAUCAUGUAAAAUGAAGUAACCUGAAUAAUCAUGUGAAGAAGAAGAAGAGUCCUCUGUGCAUGUAAACGAAGCCACUGUUUUCCACAUCUCUCUUCCACACUACUAAGCUUACCGUUCAAUACUGGACUCAAACACACAGUAAUAUUGUACAUACUUCAAACUACAGUGAGGUGGGCAUAGCUGUCAGUCCCACACUAACAUGCAGUGCUGUACCCGUAAACACAUAGACUGUUACUACCUGUACAACACGUGGCUUAGUCCUGUAUGCGUUUCAAAAUCCUCUGACGAUUUGAGAUGAUUUGAUCCGCCUGCAUGCCUUUCUCCUCCAGUACAGUUAUAUCAAUGCAAAGACGUGCAUACUUCUCUGUCCACCCGGCUCUUCAACAACUCAAAACACCACACGAGCGACAAGUGAAUCUUGUACCAAAAUCAGAAACUAGACGAAGCUUGAUGACAGAAUGUAUUAUGGAAUUGCACUGUAUUUACAUCAAAUGGGUUUGUAUUUCCAUCAGGAGCCUUUUGAGUUUGACCGUUAGGGUUUUAAAUGCAGGUAUCAAUGCUGAGAUUUCACUCUGAAGUUGUUAAUACCUGAUAGUUUGUGCAGAUAUUCUUCUAAUUAGGUCAUUUCCAUGUUCAGAAGUGACGUGAUGAGAUUUCAGUGUUUACCCCUGAAUUUAAUUCUUGUGAAGGUUGAUAUAGACAAUAAUCAGACAAUAAAAAUGCCCACUGAAAUCCAGGCUAACAGGUUUAGUUUAGUUACCAUGCCAUAUACAUUUAUUCAAUCAUUACCUUUUAGGAAUUCAAAAAUCACUCUGUCUUUGAACCACUCACAACUUAUAGACAACAUAUGACAGCGGGAUGCAUGGAGACAUUGCAUCAUAUUAAUGGGUAACAAAAAAACAAAAACAGAAAACAGAACUACUGCUCUAAGUCUUGGGAUGUCGGAAAUUCCCAAAGGCACUUAAAUGCACCAACAAAGAGAGCUCUCCAAACAAUCUCCUCAUGGCAUUGCAUUAUCAUUCGAUUAUGUAACGGACUAAAAAAGUAAAUGCAAGUGAACGUUCACUGCAGUGUCAAAGUUUCGAGUUAAUACAGCAUGAAAAUCAAGGUGUCAGUAGAUUAUAUAGUAUGUUGAAAUACUUAAAACUGCCUUAAGGAUAAGAAAGUAUAUGCAAGUGAAAACACUUCAAUAAUUGCUAAAUUAAUAAUAAUAAUUACUUCACCAAGAACACAGGACAAUAAAAAAAAUAUGUAAAUUGAAGGUGAAAUGUUUACCCACAACUUAACAGGCUAAUUUCAUGUAAGUGCUGUCAGGGGUAAACACUGAAAUCAUUUAAAAGCGAAAAGGCCAACUCUGAACCCAGUAUGUCGGUCUAACCCUGCUGGCUUCCUGCCCAUUGGACACAGGAGCUGAUGUGAUGUGUCAUGUCUGUGGAAUCUCCCACAGCAGCGUCCCAUUGGUCAAAAAGUUGUUUAUCCCACAGUGAGGAUGAUGGGCGAGCGUCUCGUGAUCCCAAAACUGUCUGUGUGUGACAAUGAAGCUGCAGGGAAUGGAAGUGCCUGAUGUUGCAUAAUUUUGUUGUUUUGUCUGUGGAGCUUUUAGGGCUCAUGUUGCUCUCUAUCCUACACACACACACACACACACACACACACACACACACACACACACACACACAUCAUUACUGUCCCAGCUUAUUUGGUUUCUGUAUGAAUGCAGGAUCCUCCUCUGAUGUUAUUAAGACUUGAAAUAUGAGGAGACACUAAAGCGGAGGAAGCAGGAGGGACAGUAAGGAGAACACGUAUUUUUAGUCGUUAUUUUUCUACAUUGACCUGAAUGUAUAUUUAUUCUUUAAAGGAGAUACCUGUGUGUUUGUCACGCUGAACAGAAUCGUUUUUAUACAGUUUGUGAUAACCGAUGCCAUAUCUAAGUGUACUGACCUGUCAAAAAACAAGCACCUGGAUUUUUGACGUCGCCUAAUGUGGUCGCUUGUGCUGCUUUUGUCCACCACCAAGCGAAGAACCUUGCACUUUAUUGUGAUGUAAACCUGCACAUUACCCGCUCCUGUCUACAGAAGUGUCAUUGUGUAUAGAAUAUUUCUAUGGUAAUAUUAAAAUAAAUGUUGCUCAUGUUUAAUAUCA